AUGUGUGGAAUUCUUGCGGUACUCGGUAUUACAGAUAAUUCUCAGGCCAAACGGUCCAGAAUUAUUGAACUCUCCAGAAGGUUGCGUCAUAGAGGCCCUGACUGGAGUGGCUUGCACUGCCAUGAGGAUUGUUAUCUUGCCCAUCAACGAUUGGCUAUUGUAGAUCCUGCUUCAGGUGAUCAACCACUAUAUAAUGAAGACAAAACAAUUGCUGUCACGGUUAAUGGGGAAAUAUAUAACCAUAAGGAACUGAGGGAAGAGCUGAAAUCUCAUCAGUUCAGAACGGGAAGUGACUGUGAAGUUAUUGCACAUCUUUAUGAAGAAUAUGGAGAAGAUUUUGUCGACAAGUUGGAUGGGAUGUUCUCUUUUGUGCUUCUUGACACCCGCGAUAAAAGUUUUAUUGCUGCUCGGGAUGCUAUUGGCAUUACUCCACUUUACAUUGGCUGGGGUCUUGAUGGAUCGGUUUGGUUUGCUUCAGAAAUGAAAGCCUUGAGUGAUGAUUGCGAAAGAUUCAUGUCAUUCCUUCCUGGCCACAUAUAUUCAAGCAAAACUGGAGAGAUCAGGAGAUGGUACAAUCCUCCAUGGUACUCAGAACACAUACCUUCAGCUCCAUAUGAUUCCUUAGUACUGCGCAAGGCCUUUGAGAAGGCUGUCAUUAAGAGACUUAUGACAGAUGUACCAUUUGGUGUACUUUUAUCUGGUGGAUUGGAUUCAUCGCUUGUUGCUUCAGUGGCUUCCCGCUAUAUGAAGGACUCAGAAGCUGCCUGCCAGUGGGGAUCUCAGUUGCAUACUUUUUGUAUUGGCUUAAAGGGUUCACCCGAUUUGAAGGCUGCCAGAGAAGUAGCAGAUUAUCUUGGCACUCGGCACCAUGAGUUUUAUUUUACGGUGCAGGAAGGACUAGAUGCACUAGAGGAGGUCAUCUACCAUAUCGAAACAUAUGAUGUGACUACUGUCCGAGCCAGUACCCCAAUGUUUCUUAUGUCUAGGAAAAUAAAAUCACUGGGAGUCAAAAUGGUUCUCUCCGGUGAAGGCUCUGAUGAAAUUUUUGGUGGUUAUUUGUAUUUUCACAAGGCACCCAACAAGGAGGAGCUUCACCAGGAAACAUGUAGCAAGAUUAAAGCUCUUCAUCUUUACGACUGCUUGAGGGCUAACAAAUCAACUUCAGCAUGGGGUGUUGAAGCUCGUGUUCCUUUCUUAGACAAGGAAUUUAUCAAUGUUGCAAUGAGCAUUGAUCCAGAAUGGAAAAUGAUAAGACCUGAUCUUGGAAGAAUUGAGAAGUGGAUUCUAAGGAAUGCCUUUGAUGAUGAACAGAAUCCAUAUUUGCCAAAGCACAUUUUAUACAGACAAAAAGAACAGUUCAGUGAUGGAGUUGGGUACAGUUGGAUUGACGGCUUGAAGGAUCAUUCAAACCAACAGGUUACAGAUGCAAUGUUAGCCAAUGCAAGUUUUGUCUACCCUGAGAAUACUCCAACAACAAAAGAAGGUCGAAAGAAGGAAAAUAUGUUCGACNGGUACUACUACCGGACCAUCUUUGAACGCUUCUUCCCUAAGAAUGCUGCGAGGUCAACUGUUCCCGGGGGUCCAAGUGUGGCAUGUAGUACCGCAAAGGCCGUGGAAUGGGAUGCAGCAUGGUCAAACAAUCUUGAUCCCUCUGGACGAGCUGCCCUCGGUGUUCAUGUUGCGGCAUACGAGGAAACAAAGGAGGCUAAGGAUGAUUCGUCGGGAUAUGCCCACCCUCCGAAAGCACAACUAGAGAAGAAUGUAGUGACUGUUUGA